AGAAAUUGCUGGACUAACGGAUGAUUUAUUUAUUCCCUUUUUCCAGUUACUCCUUUAAUACUGAGCUCGAUCAAAAAUAACCUUUUACACGGAACCAUAACCACCACAGCUGCUCCCUUGCAACGGACAACUGGUGCCGCCGGCAGCAUGGAACAGUUGGCUCAUUUCGUGACGAAAUCGUUCGAUUUCAACAACAGUCGCGUGCUGGACCUGCUCAACAUGACGGCCAGCGCCGGGCCGAUUUCACACCCCGAUUAUGGCACUCGGACCGGGUCCGACUCGGACCUGCUGUCCAACACAAGCAGCAGCCUCGGCGGUGAUCUGGAGGAUGAAAUUCAUUCUCACUCGCUCGAGGUAUCGCACCAUCAUCGGCUAGGUCCGGCACUGCAUCCACUACGAUCGAACGGGCUACCACCGGGCGACAGCGAAGCAACCCGCGAAGAGCCAACGAACGAGGACGAGGAAACGAUCGACAUAGAAAUUACCGAUCUUUCGUACAGUAAUGCAGGCAGCGGAAGUGUGGUUGUGCCGGAAGGUUGUACCCUCCAAAGCUCUAUCUCGCUCAAGCCGACGGUUGUGUUAAGUGGUUCCGGCGGUGAAGUGACGGCAGUGGGUGAGCCAACUCACAACAAGGGGACGGUAGAGCACUCGCUCAUGCUGCUAACCGGCCCGAACAAUAAUGAGAAAGGUGUAACGAAUCGUAAUGAAAUUAGUGUUAUACGCAAAUUUGACAAUAAGAGGUCGCGAGUGGGUGAGGAGGGCUCGGUGCAGGAGUGUUCUUUAUCGAGUGAAACGGAUGAAGCUGGUGUACGUAAAGGAGGACAGGCUGGAGAGGCUGGCAAGCGAAGUGUCGGGAGUGAUGGGAAUGAGGGUGGAAAUGGUAAAACUAUUCACAAGCGACACGUCCCCCGUAAUUGGCUGAUUGCUGAUCUGGUUGAUGAGAAGAAGGAAGACAAAACCAAAGAUGACGUUGCCUUAAAUCUCGUGCGCUCGGAAAGCGAAACCGGGCCACCCAAGCAGGCCCACGGAUACGAUCCCGCCGGGCUGCAGGUGGUACGCCCCAAACCAGCCUCCGAGCUGCUCAAGCAAAGUGUCGAUCUCAUCAACAAUCACCACUACUCGGGGGUAGUAGGAUCGAUAGGCAGCGGCACAAACAGCACAACCGUUCCCGGUACCGACGGUGAAUCUGACACAGAAGCGCGCAUUUCGGCACCCCGCCAGCAGUCACUCUCACCCGAACAGGACGAUCCAUCCUCAUCGGCCGAUGGGACACGAUCGGACUCAGCACCACCACCACCACCACCACCGGCUCCCCCGACGGCCGAGGACCGGCUGAAACAUCCACCCGAAUCGUCGGCCCACGUCGCGAACGGGCACGGUCCACUGUCCGCCCUGUCGAACAACAAGCAGCGCCGGUCGCGAACGAACUUUACGCUCGAGCAGCUGAACGAGCUCGAGCGGCUGUUCGAGGAGACGCACUAUCCGGAUGCAUUUAUGCGGGAAGAGCUAAGCCAGCGGUUGGGACUGAGCGAGGCAAGGGUGCAGGUUUGGUUCCAAAACAGACGGGCAAAGUGCCGCAAGCACGAGAAUCAAAUGCAUAAAGGAAUUAUCCUUUCGAGCCACAGCCCACCGGUCACAACACCGCUCGAACCGUGCCGGAUAGCGCCGUAUGUUAACGUACCGUCCCUUCGCGCCGGAACCGGCGGUGUCCCACCCGGCAGUGGUACGGGCGCGUCUGGAUUGCCCCCUUCGUCCUCUACCACAGCAGCAGCGGCGGCGGCGGCGGCAGCUGCGGCGGCUGCAGCGGCUGCCGUCAACCAUCCCUUCCCCGUUGCUGCCUUUUCUGCCUUCGAUUCCGCGUUCAUAUCUGCCGCAGCACAGCAGUAUGCAGCGGCCCUUUCUUCCGGUUCCGUUCCGACGAGCCUUUUCUCCCUUUCCCAGUACGUCCCGCGACCGGGUGGAUUGGCGGCGGCGGCAGCGAUUGCCACGCUGCCCGGCUUUAGCGUGGCGCACGACAAAAACUCCAGCAUCGUCGAUCUGCGCCUGAAGGCGGAAAAGCACAAGGAAAAUCAGAAGAAAAUUGUAAAUAAUGUGUCGUCGUAAUUGAGGGUCGAGGCGUUUGGGUUUUGGUGGAAGGCCAGCGUAAAAAAAGCUAUCGAUGGUGGAGACAUCGGCGCAUCAACAGUGUUCACCUUAGUUUUCGGUGAAUCGAUACGUGAAUCUGUAAUGCUGUGCGGGCAAGAGGGGGGUGAUUUAAGCUCGCUCACAAUACUUUUUGUUUUUUUUUCCUGUGUAAUAUAUACAGACAACCCGUUUCGGUAGUGCUAUCUUCUGUGUUGAUUAUUUUAACGGGGAUAUCGGCCUUUAAUCCUUUAUUGUUUUUAUUGAUCCAUGGCAUCCGAACACUCCUAUGAAUAGGUGGCCUUCAGAGGGUACAUUAUGUGUAAAAGCUUUAAAACAAAAUUUAAAAAUUGCGAAAUAGACAGUAUCCUUAAAUACAGGCGGUCCCCGAGAUACACGGUACCUCUUAUACGCGGAUUCGGAGAUACGCGGUUUUCUAAAUUUGACAAUUCUUUGAGCAAAUUGUACUGAUUUGACACAUCAAUUGCAAAUUGCCAAAUAAUUUCCGUUUUGAUCGAAUGUUAAAAACUAUUUAAAAAGGUUUAAAAUAGUUAUAUUCAGUCAGAAUAUUAUCAAAUAAUUCAUAAAGUGACUAAAACCACCCCUUACUUGCAAAAUUACACGAAAAUUAGUGAUAUUUUAGCUGGAAAUCACGAGAUUCGACUUACGCGGAAAUUCGAGAUACGCGGUAUUUUGCGGCCGUUUUCGGUCCCCAUUAACCGUGUAUCUCGGGGACCGCCUGUAUAUGAAAGAGUAUGUAAGUAAGUAAGUAUGAAGCAUUAGCUUUAGAUCUUGUUGACAAUUUCCCUUAAUUACCAGUCUUUUAAUUUUAAAAUGCACCGGCUCUUGUAUAGACCCGGGCAUGUCCAACAAAAUCUUAGCUCGUUUUAAAUUCGCUACCGAAAAUUAUUGGAGUAGGUCAUCUGGACCUUAAAGUAGACCGGAAUUGGUCUGAGGUGGAGUUGGCCGUUGUUGCAGUAGGCAGGAAUUGAAAUUGGCCAGAGUUGGCCGAAGUUGGAGUUUGCCGGAACGAGAACGCUGUCUGUCAACUGUCCAAAACCAUCAGAGCUCUAUUAGAAUCGGAGGCGCCUGGAGUCGGAGUUGAGCGGAAUGGAAUUCACACUGAAGUUGGAGAGGGCUGGAACUGUUAUCCGAGCUGUCUUACUUACUUAUCCGGUGCUACAACCGCUUUGCGGUCUGGAGUGUCCAAAACCGCUCAAGGUCUCGCGCCUUGGUCUGACAAUCCGUUAACCCGGCCUUAAUGGCAGACGCCUCCGCGCCAUCUUGCCACCUCAAUUUGGGCCUACCACGUCUUCUCUGUGCUUGUGGACGGCCUAAAAAAACUUUACGGGCUGGAUCAACAUGUCCAGCCCAGCGGAGCUUUACAAGCUGCACGACUAUUCCGUUCUAUCCGGAGUCGAAAAAAGAAACAUCUAACCUAAACCAAACUGUACUCUUCGUUUUUCGGCUCCGAUUCCUAACGACUCCGGCAGAUUCAUGCACGUGUAAACUCCAGAAUCCUCCGGAAGGCUCCAACUCCGAGAGGCUGUUUCGGAACCGUGGGCACCGUGGAUACCGUAAGCUCCAGAGAGUCCAUCACUACUUGCGUAGUUUGAUCCACGUCUUUGUAACGAGGAGGAACGAAUACAUCCAAUCCAAUCGAGUUAUCAUGUACAAGACCGACGGUGGCCAUUGGUUGUUUAUGCUAAAAAGAGUUUGAAUUGUAGAAACAACAUUCCGAUCAAUCAUACGACUCACUGUCCCGCAGGUCCAACGAGUUCCAAUAUGAAAUGAUCCAAUAUACAGUGUCGAUAUCGCAUAGGCCGUAAUGAACCUAUUGAACCUACUGUACCUACUGGAACCAAAUCCACAACCAGGAGCGAUUUGGGUCACUUUCCGACUCAGUAGGUAGAGUUCGCCCCACCCAUCACUAGUUCAAAAGCUAUCAAAAGCCGUGAAUUCUACCACA